AAAAAAAAUUGUCAUAAAAUGUUAAAACGAAUUCUGUCACUUUCUCUCACUUUCCUGGAAUCUGGAAGACUGGAUCGUCCUUCCCUCUUGAGCUCCCCACAUUCUCUUCCACCGACCAUCUACUUCCCCAAUUAAACCCCUAAUUAUCUCUCAAAUUAAAGUUGUACCAUCACCUCUCUCAUUUUCAACAUUGUCUUCUUCAGUUCUCAAAUUACAGCAUAUUUGCCGCUUCAAUCUUUGAAAGUGUUAGUGCCUAGAUUCCUGACUCGGUGACUCAGUCUUGAGUCGAGAUGCUAGAACGGUGCUUCGGGCCUUAUCGGGUCCGCCAGAUCCAGAGAGCAAUCCGACACGGAAAGGUUACUCUUCUCUGCCUCUUUAUGACCGUAAUCGUCCUACGUGGCACCAUUGGCGCCGGCAAGUUCGGGACUCCCGAGCAGGACUUUGACGACCUCCGCAGCCACUUCUCCUAUUCGUCGCGCAACCGCGUAGAGCCGCACCGUGUCCUCGAGGAGGUACAAACCACCACGGAAUCGUCGACUCAGGGAAACAGCAACAACUACGAGACAUUUGAUGUGAACAAGCUCUUCGUCGACGAAGGCGAGGAAGAGGAGCGCGAUUCGAACCUGCCGUACAGUUUGGGGCCGAAGAUCUCCGAUUGGGAUGAGCAGCGUGCGGAGUGGUUGAAGAAGAACCCUAACUUCCCCAAUUUCAUUGGCGUGAACAAGCCGCGAGUGCUUUUAGUUACUGGAUCAGCACCAAAGCCGUGUGAGAAUCCAGUUGGAGACCAUUAUCUAUUGAAAUCGAUUAAAAACAAGAUCGAUUACUGCAGGCUUCACGGGAUCGAGAUCUUCUACAAUAUGGCACUCCUGGAUGCGGAAAUGGCGGGAUUUUGGGCGAAGCUUCCAUUGAUAAGGAAGCUCUUAUUGUCCCAUCCGGAGAUAGAGUUCCUGUGGUGGAUGGACAGUGACGCAAUGUUCACGGACAUGGCCUUCGAGCUUCCAUGGGAGCGAUACAAAGACCAUAAUCUGGUGAUGCACGGGUGGAACGAGAUGGUGUACGAUCAAAAAAAUUGGAUUGGAUUAAACACUGGUAGUUUCCUGCUGAGGAACAGUCAAUGGGCGCUGGAUUUACUGGACACCUGGGCUCCCAUGGGACCAAAAGGGAAGAUCAGAGAUGAGGCUGGAAAGAUACUCACUCGAGAACUAAAAGACAGGCCAGUUUUUGAGGCUGAUGACCAGUCUGCAAUGGUGUAUUUGUUAGCAAAAGAGAGGGAGAAAUGGGGUGAUAAGGUGUACCUGGAGAGUGCCUAUUACUUGCAUGGCUAUUGGGGGAUCUUGGUUGAUAGGUAUGAGGAGAUGAUUGAGAACUUCCACCCCGGUCUUGGCGACCACCGGUGGCCGCUUGUGACUCACUUUGUCGGGUGCAAGCCGUGUGGGAAGUUCGGGGAUUAUUCUGUGGAGAGGUGCUUGAGGCAGAUGGACAGGGCAUUCAAUUUUGGGGACAAUCAGAUUUUGCAGAUUUAUGGGUUUACCCACAAGUCACUGGGUAGCAGGAGAGUUAAGAGAGUGAGGAAUGAGACUAGCAAUCCGCUUGAAGUGAAGGAUGAGCUUGGUUUGCUUCAUCCAGCAUUCAAAGCUGUUAAGGUAUCAACAACAACUUCUUGAUGGUUUUGUCUACCUAAUCAGUUCAAAGUGGACACUUUACUAUUACACUUGUUGCUGUUGCUCUUCAUUUUUCUUGCCAUUGCUAUUUAAAUUGUUGGGCAAUAUUGUAUUUCUAUUUUCAUUCUUUGCUGUUUCAAUUAGUAUUUAAAAAGCUUAAAUUAGAUUUAUUUUUGGAAGCAA